ACAAUCAAACAAAUAUAAUAAUGGUGAUGAUGAAACUUUAGAUAAGUCUGACUGGACAGUAUUUAUGAUAAUUUCACUUGCUGAAAUGUAAUUUUCCUGCUGUGGUAAUAUAGGAUUCUACUGGAGAAACUUUUAAUUGGCUGUGAAAAUGUUUGUUUAAACAGAGGCAGAGCCAUGGAGUAGUUCAGAAGGAAUGCAGUACAGUAUAACGCAAUAGGAUCACUUGUCACAUGGAAUUUUACACAGAGACACCACAGAGACACCAGAUGAAGUCCAAAAUCUACCUGAGCAUCAUGGCUAAUAAAGGGAAGAGGCCAGAAUGUUUCCUGAGAUUUUUUGCCAUCCUGCUCAUUUAUAUGCAAGUGGUGAACUCACAAGGACUCCCUGAAAUUUCAGACAUGAUUGUAGAGUUGAGCUACACAGAUGGAGAAAUGAAUCACUUAAGGGAAAAACGAGAUGUGAACACGGAUAUACUAGAAUACAUUGUAAUCAUAGAGGUGAAUGUGUCACAAGCGAUUUUGUUUGAGCAAAUCAAAUCAUCAUUGGAGUCCAUCAGUAGUUUCCAAAUAGACAACACCACAGAAAUCGAAAGCGUGAACAUUACAACAGUGUGUCACCCAAAUGGUUCUGAAUAUCAGUGCAUUUGUGAGGAUCAGUAUUUUUGGUCAUUUAAUAACUGCAUUGUGCAUAAUGCCUGCAAUGACCUAUAUGAAGGAGUAUGUACCUGUAUCGAUGUCUUUCCCAGUGAUGGACAGAUGUGUGUGACAACAAGUGAACUACCAUUAUUUGAUAUUCUGGUUGAAAUUGAGCUGAAUACCACAAGCACAACAAUGCUCGAUGAACUGAGAAACCGUUUUGCAGAAAUCAGUUUCCCAAUUACAUUUGGUCAUGCAGCAGAAAUUACAGAUGUGGCCAUUACAACAGGUAGGAGUUAGGCUGUGUAUAAAAAAAAUCC